GUGUCGGCGCAGCAGGAGGCCGCGCUCCGCUCCGCAGCCUUUUGGCGUUCGUUGUUCCCCGGGCGGAGCCGCCCCCGGCACUGAGAAGGGGGCUCAGCGCGGCGGCGCCUCAGCGAGUUUCGUUUUUGCACUGAAUGUAGCCAGGACGGAUCCUUGUGGGCUUUGGCAGCCCUUGGAAACUGUCAAAGGCAGUAUUUUGCAUUUCUGCAGAGCUUUGCACAGAUCCUGUUCCCAUGCAAACUGAUGAGGGAGAAAUACUGGAGGAAGGCAGUCCCAAGGUCAGUGAGAUGGAACAUGAGGAUUUUGUAAUGGAGGGGCAUGGCAAGACUCCACCUCCUGGUGAAGAAAACAAACAAGAGAAGGAGCAAGAAAGGGAAGAACAGUUAAUGGAAGACAAGAAAAGGAAGAAGGAGGAUAAGAAAAAGAAGGAAUCUGCUCAGAAGGUCACAGAUCAAAAAACCAAAGUGCCCGAAGUGACGAAACCAAGUUUAAGCCAACCAGUGGCUGCCAGCCCAAUUGGCAACUCUCCAUCGCCACCAGUCAAUGGUGGCAACAAUGCCAAAAGGGUGGCAGUGCCGAACGGACAACCGCCAAGCGCCGCCCGCUACAUGCCUCGGGAGGUGCCGCCGCGAUUCCGUUGCCAGCAGGACCACAAAGUGUUACUGAAACGUGGGCAGCCCCCUCCACCAUCCUGUAUGCUCCUUGGGGGUGGAGCAGGGCCUCCUCCCCCGACAGCACCAGGAGCAAACCCAAACAACGCACAACCAGUGACAGGAGCACUGCUGCAGAGCGACAGUGGGACUGCAACAGAUUCAACAAUUGGAGGUGCUGCUGCUUCAAAUUAUGCAAAUUCCACUUGGGGUCCUGGAGCCUCCUCCAACAGCGGCACCAACGCCAACCCAACUCACAUCUGGGACAAGGUGAUUGUAGACGGGUCUGACAUGGAAGAGUGGCCUUGUAUUGCCAGCAAAGAUGCUGAGUCUUCUUCCGAAAACACCACCGAUAACAACAGUGCCUCGAACCCUGGCUUGGAGAAGAACACUCUGCCAGGAAGCACCACUAGUAACAAAGGAAAAGGAAGCCAGUGCCAGUCUGGAAGCGCUGGAAAUGAAUGUAAUCUUGGGGCCUGGAAAUCUGAUCCCAAGGCUAAAUCUGUUCAAUCUUCCAACCCUGCUGCCGAGAGUAACAAUGGACUAAGUAAUUGGAGAAACUUGACUGGACAAGAUAGAAUUGGUUCUGGUUCUGGCUUCAGCAACUUUAACCCAAAUAGCAACCCGUCUGCUUGGCCAGCUCUGGUCCAAGAAGGCAAUUCUAGGAAAGGGACUUCGGAAUCUGAUAGUGGUAGCUCCAGUGCACAGAUUAGCACAGUAGGUCAGACCUCUAGGGAACAGCAGUCAAAGAUGGAAAAUGCGGGUGUUAACUUUGUCUCUGGCAGAGAACAGGCUCAAAUUCAUAACACUGAUGGACCAAAAAAUGGAAACACUAACUCCUUGAACUUAAGUUCACCAAACCCUAUGGAGAAUAAGGGAAUGCCCUUUGAAAUGGGCUUGGGGAACCCUUCCAGGAGCACUGACACCCCUUCACAAAGCACUGGAGAAAGAAAGACUGGGAGUGUUGGAUCUUGGGGUACAGCUAGGGGGUCUUCUGGAACUGACACAGUCUCUGGACAGAGCAAUUCUGGAAACCAUGGGAACAAUGGAAAGGAUAGGGAGGACUCCUGGAAAGGAGCUUCUGUUCAAAAACCUAAUGGGUCAAGAAACGAUUCUUGGGAUAACAAUAACCGGUCUACGGGUGGUGGGUCUUGGAACUUUGGCCCUCAGCAUGCAAAUGAAAGCAAAUGGGGUGAAGGGAACAAAUUGACAUCUGGGGUCUCUCAGGGAGAAUGGAAACAGCUGUCUGGGUCUGAUGAACUGAAGAUUGGAGAAUGGAGUGGUCCAAACCAACCAAAUUCUAGCACUGGAGCAUGGGACAAUCAAAAAGGCCACCCUCUUCCUGAAAACCAAGGCAAUUCCCAGGCUCCCUGUUGGGGAAGAUCUUCCAGCUCCGCAGGAAGUGAGGUUGGAGGUCAAAGCACUGGAAGCAACCACAAAGCAGGAAGUAGUGACAGUCACAAUUCUGGACGCCGAUCAUACAGGCCUACACAUCCUGAUUGCCAGGCAGUCUUGCAGACUUUGCUGAGCAGGACUGAUUUGGACCCCCGAGUGCUUUCAAACACUGGCUGGGGCCAAACUCAAAUUAAGCAAGAUACCGUAUGGGAUAUUGAAGAGAUGCCACGGCCCGAGGGGAAGUCUGAUAAAGGAACUGAGGGGUGGGAGAGCUCUGCCACACAGACAAAGAACUCAGGGGGCUGGGGCGAUGUACCCAGCCAAAGCAAUCAAAUCAAGUCUGGAUGGGGUGAGCUCUCAACCCCAACAGAGUGGAAGGACCCCAAAAAUACUGGAGGAUGGAGUGACUAUAAGAACCCCAAUUCAUCUAAUUGGGGAGGGGGAAGACAAGAAGAGAAAUCAUCAUCAUCUUGGAAUGACAGUUCUAGUAAGGAUCAGGGGUGGGGUGGACGGCAGCCUAAUCAAGGAUGGUCUUCUGGAAAGAACGGUUGGGGAGAGGAAGUUGACCAAGCAAAAAACAGCAACUGGGAAAGUGCGGGAAAUAAGCCAGCAUCUGGUUGGGGUGAAGGUGGGCAAAAUGAGAUUGGAACUUGGGGUAACGGUGCAAAUACAGGCUCUGCUUCAAAGGGUGGUUGGGAUGAUUGUAAAAGAAAUUCAACGUGGAACGAGACGGGUCGACAGCCCAACUCCUGGAACAAGCAGCAGCAGCAGCAGCAGCAACAGCAGCAACAGCAGGAGACUUCUGGUUCCUGGGGUCCACCUCCACAAACUCCAAGUAAUGGGCGACCUUCAAACCCAAACUGGAACAGCGGACCACAACCAGCUGCCCCCAAAGACGAGGAGCCUAGUGGCUGGGAAGAACCUUCUCCACAGUCAAUCAGUCGAAAAAUGGAUAUUGAUGAUGGCACUUCAGCAUGGGGAGAUCCUAGUAGUUAUAACUACAAGAAUGUGAACCUGUGGGACAAGAACUCACAAGGAGGACAGGCCUCACGGGAACAGAGCCUGCCUACUCCAAUGACUAGCAAAUCCCAAGCAUCAGUCUGGAGCAAAAGCACUCCACCUGCUCCAGAUAAUGGUACGUCCGCCUGGGGUGAGCCAAAUGAAACCAGUCCCGGGUGGGGUGAAGUAGAUGAUACAGGAGCAUCGACAACAGGCUGGGGGAAUGCACCUUCCAACGCCCCGAAUGCCAUGAAAUCUAGUUCUAAAUCUAUGCAAGAUGGCUGGGGAGAGAGUGAUGGGCCAGUGACAGGCACGCGUCAUUCCAGCUGGGAAGAGGAGGAGGAGGGAGGAGUCUGGAACACGGCAGGCUCUCAGGGAAGCAGUUCCUCCCACAACUCAACAAGCUGGGGGCAAGGGGGAAAGAAAACACAGAUGAAGUGCUCAUUAAAAGGAGGAAAUAGUGAUUCAUGGAUGAACCCUAUAUCCAAACAGUUUUCAAAUAUGGGCUUGCUAAGUCAAACUGAGGACAUUCCAGGCAAUAAGAUGGACUUGUCUGUAGGUGGUCUCCCAGAUAAGAAGUUUGAGGUAGAUAAACGAGCCAUGAAUCUCGGGGAUUUUAAUGACAUAAUGAGAAAGGAUCGAUCUGGGUUCCGUCCACCUAAUUCCAAAGACAUGGGAACCACAGAUAGUGGGCCUUAUUUUGAGAAGCUGACUUUGCCUUUCUCCAAUCAAGAUGGGUGCCUUGGGGAUGAGGCUCCCUGCUCUCCCUUCUCCCCUUCUCCCAGCUACAAGCUGUCUCCCUCUGGUUCCACACUAUCCAACGUCGGCCUUGGAGCAAUCGGCUCAGGGCUCAGUCCCCAAAACUACGCUGCUAGACAAGGUGGCAAUCAUGGUUUGUUUGGAAACAGCACAGCACAAUCGAGGGGCAUGCACACACCAGUGCAGCCACUAAAUCCUUCCCCCAAUAUCCGGGCGCAAGUGCCUCCCCAAUUUCUUUCUCCCCAGGUUUCGGCCUCCAUGCUCAAACAGUUCCCCAACAGUGGCUUGAAUCCAGGUCUUUUCAAUGUGGGACCCCAGCUUUCUCCACAGCAGAUUGCCAUGCUGAGCCAGCUUCCACAGAUUCCCCAGUUUCAAUUAGCGUGUCAGCUCCUCCUUCAGCAGCAGCAGCAGCAGCAGCAGCUGUUACAGAGCCAGAGGAAGUUAUCUCAAGCUGUGCGACAGCAGCAGGAGCAACAGAUUGCUCGUAUGGUGAGUGCCCUCCAGCAGCAGCAACAGAGGCAGCCUGGCAUGAAGCAUUCACCAUCCCACCCUGUUGGGCCUAAGCCACAUAUAGACAGCAUGGUACCCAAUCCUUUGAAUGUGGGUCUUUCAGAUUUGCAGACCAAAGGACAAAUACCUGGAUACGGUUCAGGCUUUGGCUCAAGCGGCAUGGACUAUGGCAUGGUAGGAGGGAAAGAAGCUGGAACAGAAUCCCGCUUUAAACAGUGGACUAUGAUGGAAGGGCUGCCCUCUGUGGCUUCACAAGAUGCCAAUAUGCACAAAAAUGGUGCAAUAGUGCCCCCUGGAAAAGCUCGUGGAGGAUCGCCCUACAACCAGUUUGACAUAAUUCAGGGCGACCCACUAGGUGGCCAUGCAGGCCCUGCUGGUGAUAGUUGGUUACCUGCCAAAUCUCCGCCGACAAACAAGAUUGGAAGCAAGUCCAGCAACGCCAGCUGGCCUCCAGAGUUCCAACCAGGAGUGCCAUGGAAAGGUAUACAAAACAUUGACCCUGAAUCUGACCCCUACGUGACCCCUGGAAGUGUGCUGGGGGGGACAGCCACAUCUCCCAUUGUAGAUACUGACCACCAACUUCUGCGGGACAACACCACAGGGUCUAAUUCUUCCCUCAACACCUCGCUGCCUUCACCUGGUGCCUGGCCCUACAGUGCCUCUGACAAUUCCUUCACCAACGUUCAUAGCACUUCAGCAAAAUUCAGUGAUUACAAAUCAACAUGGUCCCCAGAUCCCAUAGGACACAAUCCCACUCAUCUCUCCAACAAGAUGUGGAAAAACCAUAUUUCCUCAAGGAACACUACAGGGCUGCCUCGCCCGCCUCCUGGCCUGACCAACCCUAAACCAUCAUCUCCAUGGAACAGCACAGCACCCCGAUCGGUCAGGGGCUGGGGGGCACAGGACUCAAGGCUUUCCUCUGGUGAGAAGAAUCAUCUGAUAACGCCAUUGAUCAGACCUGAGGAGUGUGCGUUUUACAGCAGUAAUGGUUUGGAGGAGAGAAAGUUGCAGUUACCUGCAUCUACUUGGAGUGAUGGUAGCUCAGUUCGUCCUAGUUACUGGCUGGUUCUUCACAAUCUCACUCCGCAGAUCGAUGGGUCAACCUUGAGGACGAUCUGCAUGCAGCAUGGCCCACUGCUGACAUUCCAUCUGAACCUGACCCAGGGCACCGCUCUCAUCCGAUACAACACCAAACAAGAGGCAGCCAAGGCCCAGACUGCACUGCACAUGUGUGUGUUGGGAAACACUACCAUCCUGGCUGAGUUUGCCACAGAUGAAGAGGUUAGUCGCUUUUUGACACAAGCUCAGCCCCCUACACCUGCAGCAACCCCAAGUGCACCCACAGCAGGCUGGCAAUCCCUGGAGACGGGACAGAACCAGACAGAUCCAGUUGGACCUGCUUUGAAUCUCUUUGGUGGGUCAACAGGGCUUGGGCAGUGGAGCAGUGGUGGCAGCAGCAGCAGUGGGGGUGAUCUCACUGGCGCUUCGUUGUGGGGGCCCCCAAACUAUUCUUCAAGCUUGUGGGGGGUCCCAAGCGUAGAGGAUCCACACAGAAUGGGCAGCCCUGCUCCCUUACUACCUGGAGACCUUCUGGGAGGAGGGUCGGAUUCAAUCUGAACUUAGAACUUUCAACUCUGACCUCGUGACCUUUUUUGGAACAGCAGCAGCACUAACUUGACCUUUUCGUUUUUUUCAACUUGCAAUAAAUACAUUUAUAAAAGGAAAAAAGAAAACGGAGAGAGAAAAAAAGGUGGGUCAUUGACAGACUGUCUGAGCACAUAGUUGCCUCCCUUAUAUAACUUCAGUUUUUUCGUUUGGAAUAUGAAUCCAAAAAGAGAACAUAUCACUCUUGAAAUACUUGAAUCAUGAACGCCAACUUAGAAAGACAAUGUGAAGCAAGUACACAUACCAUUUAAAUUUAAACACAAAAAAUUAAAAAAAUUAGUUUCUAGUUUUUCACUUUUUCAUGUUAUACGGAAGUUGUUGCUAAGAAACAUAUAUACUGAAAAAAUAGCUUUUUAACUUUGUUUGCA